CGUUGAGCCUCAUUAGUUGUUUCCUCUCCUGGGCCAGCUCAACAGGUAUUAUACUGGGUCCCUGCUCGCUUUCCCCAACCCGACCCAGCCCGGUUCCAGUUUCUCUUAAUUUAUCACGCACAUUAGUGCCCUGUUCAUCAUCUCCCAACAUCCCCCCUGUAAUAAUCGCCUUUCCCUUCCUGUGCUCUCUUGCAAUAACACCCAAAAUUGAUUUUCCCCGCAAAUCCACUUGCAAUCCGGUGUUGAUCGAAUCCCCUUCCCCUAUCUUUGUAAUCAAAUCAAAACACUACCCUGAUCCGUUAUGGUCGAUUGUAAUGGAACCAUCCUUGUUGGCGGGGCCGUUUCUUUUCCUAUCAUUCCUCCUUCCCCGAUACACCACUUGCAUCCACGACCCAAAUAUUUCCCCUUGUGGCACCGGCUGUGGCGGAACAAUCUGGGUAUUUCCUUCAGGUCGACUCUUCCCAUCAGCAGUGAUCUCCCUAGACUUCCUAGGGCAUUGUUCACGAAGGUGGCCAUAACAUCCACACUCAAAGCAGAUUGUUGGCAGCCCUUCAUACUCCACCCUCUAAAGAUGCCCCUCGAUCCCGAUUUUAGAGAUCAAGGGUUUGGUGAGGUCCACUGAGACAACCAAACGCGCAAACUUCCUCCGCUCCGUCGAUUCCGUAUUAUAGUCGAUCCUCACCAUCGUGCCGAUUGCCUUAGUGAUGGCUCUCAACACGCUUUUGUGGUAAUAUUGGAUGGGCAAACCCGGAAACCAGACCCAAGCAACCACUGACGUGACUCUGGCUUUCUCAACUAAGAAGGAUGCUAUCCAUGGUUGCACUAUCAGGUAGUGCGUGUAGAUGAUCCAUGGACCCCCGUAAGUAUGUGUAUAAUCAUUUGGAUCAUUAAAAUUUGCCAGGUAGAAAUUAUUUUCCAGAUCAAUCAGUUGAAAGGUUGCUGCAGGUUGCCACAUGCUCUGGAGAUGGUUGAGGCGAGGGCGGUAGCCAAUGGCUCUGCCCAGCAAACGGAUGACCGCCGAGUUCCUCAUGGAUUGAGUCAAGUAAUUAUGGACUCUAUUCGAGAAAGCCACCGUCAGAAAAUACCAUCCGUAACCAGGGUCACGUCAUCAUCCUUGAUUUCAAAGUCAUCUGGCUUCUUCUCCAUUGGCUUUACAUUACCUCCUCCAUGUUCUCGUCCAAAUUCUGUUCACUUACCUCCUCACCCUCCGGAGCCAGGCGAUCGGGUCCUUCCCUUAUUCUCACUUUUUUUGUCGAACGAUCAUCAUCCAGGCACGGGGGCACCUGCCUUUCUCGGUGACUGGUAUUUGAGGCUGUGAAUAAUUCCAGUGCUGAGACUACAUUCAUGAUAAGGACCGAUGAGGAUAAGCGUUUGAUUUUGGCAAGUGAUGGAGUUUAGGGUGUUAUAAAAAAGGAGGAACUUGGAGAGAUGGCUCACCUCCUUUUGAGAAGACUGUGCAGGUCCAUGAUUACUGAUGACUUUUUGUCCAGGACAAGCAGUAGCUGAUAAUCUCGCGGAAAUUGCUUAUGCCAGAAAUAGUGCUGAUGACAUUUCUAUUAUUUUUGUUGAUCUAAAAUCCUAGAGAAGACGCCAACAGAGGCACUGAUAGAGGGAGAGUACUGACAUCAGUCUCUCUCCUAUUUUUUUUUUUUUUUGGUUUCUCUCAAUUGGUCCGGCUAUCUUUCACCUGGUGAAUUUAAGAGUUUGUCAAA